AGGAAGAAGGAAGGCCGGCUGCUCAAAAACACAACUCACUGCUAUAACAGAGAGAGAUUGGAUGUGACUGAAAUAAUGCUGGGAUGUUAUUGUGAAAUGUUAGGGUGCUAUUUUGGAGGUGCUGCCAUAAACUACAAAUAAUUUCAGGGUUGUUACUACAAAAUAAAAUACCACUAUGGGCCAGCUGUUAUCAUCAGAAGAAGAGCUCUCCGAGGUGAAGGAUUUGAUUGGUUCUCUCCUCUACGAUGCCAUGUUGGAAGGCGGUGCCACGCCAAACCUCGGAGUCGCCCACCCUCUCCUCCUAGCCAAUCACAAUGAGAGCUUUAACUCCCAGGCCAGCCUCCAGAAACAACUGCGACAGCUGCAGGGUGACAUUGGGAACAAAGCACCGACCUACCUGAAGGAUCUGAUUGGUCGACUGUCGUCCUUCUCCGAUGAGCCACGCCUGGCCGGCCUGGUGGGAUUAGCGGUGACUAUGGUGAUGGAUAUGGCCUACACAUCAUCGAAACAGUCAUCAGGUGUGAAAGGGAAGUCAGCGGGGUCAUCAUCGUGCCAGCAGAGAGUCUGGGAGCUCCAGGAGGUGAUGGAGGAAUACCUGAAGCGCUGUAGGAUCAACUUGAGUGACAAGAACAGGCUGAUCCAGGACUCGGUGAGACUUGAGGCCCAGCUUAGCCUUACCCUCACCCAGCUGAAGACCUGCCUGCUAGGGGGAGACUGUGACUCCAGGUCUCUGAGGCACUGGGCCAGUGGAGCAGCAUUUCAUACCCAGAUGUUGGUUCACCUGGCUGGUCUUGAGGGUCAGGAUGAGCCCCUGGCUGCAAGGGCUGCAAUGGAUCAAUACAAGGAAGACCUCACACAGAUCAUACCUGCUUACAGGUGUUAUAAGUCUAAUACAGUGUGUGUGCUGAAAUGUCGAGGAGGUCUUCCGGCAGCGUGUGACCCCUCCAGCGAGGAGCCUGACGAGGGAUCAAUGACAGGACUCACUGUGACUGACAGAGAAACAGGAAAGAGUGUGACCGUCCCUCUAUCUGCCAUGAAGACAGAGACAGGGAGAAGAAGGAGCAACUCUGGGCCUGAUAACACCUCUGAAACAGUGACCUCCUCCAUUAGCCUGGACCUUAUCACCUCAGAUCAGUAUGCCCAGGCAUACCUGCACCAUCUGUUCUCUGAGAAGGGACCUGUGGCAGAGCUGGAGAACUACUUUAUCAAGGCUAGUGACAAUCUGAGAACACUAAGAACUGAACAAGGAUGUACAAACAAGACAGGGGUGAGGAACGGCACAAAACAAAAUGAUGGAGUGCAUCUGAAAGGCCGGGCAGAGGGCAUUGAUCGGGAACAAGCAGUGGGCAGGGGCAGAGGAGAUAAUCAGGGCGAGAUGGAGAGGAGAGGAAGACAUGGAGAGAUGGAGGAAUGUGAGCAGAGAGAUGAAAGUUUGCCGCUGAGUAUUGUGGAGACGCAGCAGGAUGAGAGCCUCAGUCACAGUGCAACAAGUACAUGAAAGCCAUGAAUGAACUAAACUCAGAAACAUGAAGGAUUUUUGCAAUGUAAUUUAUUCAGAGAGCUUAAAACUGAAUACUGGGGAGAAGAUAAAUGGCAAUUUUUCUGAUUUGUCUGCACUGCUUUCUGCUUCAAAAGUGUUAUUUAUUCAUUUAUUAUCCAUAACUGCCUAUCCUAACUAAGGUACUGACACGUAGAGACAGACAACUCUUAGCGCUCUCAUUCACACCUAUGGGGAAUUUCACCUCACAAACAUAUACGUCAGUCAGUUUCCAUAAAUGUUUGUAAGUUGUAAGAAAAAUGUAUGGUUGCCUUCUAAGCUAAAUACCUGGGUACUCAAAAUGCAUGCAUAGAAACUAACAUGCAAAAAAACGAAAGAAAAAUGACUUAAAACUGAUGUGUAAGGAGAGCUAAAGCAGCCAAGAUGCCUGUUUUAUUAUUCCGAUUUACAAAUAUUGAAUCCAAGGAGCUUAAACCUGGAGUGCAGGACUUCCGUUACAUUCUUGCUAAAACAAACUACACAAUGCUGAUUAAGUAUGUCACCAGCAGGGAAAGCUUUCAGUAUUUCACGGUAUACAGGAGUUGCGAUCACUGGAGGUAAUGCUUUAUGUUUCUGGACUAAAUGCGAUCAUCAAACAACGUACAUGUAGUUAUCACAGAGGAAUUUUCUUACAAAAGCUCAAGUGUAAAAUUUACUAAAUUAGUUGAAUUCCAAUGUUUUUUAAUUGGGCUGUGAUCACUCAGGCAGAGUCAAACCAAAAGUUACGAUCAAGGCUUGAAAUGUUGAUAAAUCCUGCAUGUCAGAAACACUUCUGCCUCAACUUGAAUGACGGCCAACUAAAAGACGAAUGCACUCAACACAGCCUGCAACAGAGAUGAUAACAUGCAAAUUGAAUUUCCCAAGAAAUCUUAAAUUCAUUUUUGAACAUAGAGCAUAUAUUGGAUGAUGUGGAUUAUGAGGUGUGUAGUCAGGUCUGCAACUGUGUAGCCAUGAUAAAACAUGUUUUUUAUGACUUCUGAUAGCUCCCGUAACACAUAUUUCUAUCUUCGGGUCCUGCUUGAGGGCUUGUAAAUGUAAACCUGAGGUUGUAUUGUAUGUAUUUAUGUUAAUAUUAUGUGUUUUGAUGUAAUAAACACUCACAUAUUGAGCUGC